GGGGCGAAGCUGGGGGUUUAUAUCCAAGUUGUGUGGCUGUUUCUUUCUCAUAGCUUAUAAACCUACGAUUGUAGUGGAUUCGUUGAAAGACAUAUUCGACAACCGAUAAUGUCUGGAAGAGGCAAAACAGGAGCAAAGGCCCGUGCUAAGGCCAAGACCCGCAGCUCCCGCGCCGGUCUCCAGUUCCCUGUUGGCCGUGUCCAUCGUCUCCUUCGUAAGGGUAACUACGCUGAAAGAGUCGGCGCCGGAGCCCCCGUAUACCUGGCCGCCGUCCUGGAGUAUCUCACCGCUGAGAUCCUGGAGUUGGCUGGCAACGCCGCCAGGGACAACAAGAAGACCCGUAUCAUCCCUCGUCAUCUCCAGCUGGCUGUACGCAACGACGAGGAGCUGAACAAACUGCUCGGCGGUGUGACCAUCGCCCAGGGAGGCGUCCUGCCCAACAUCCAGGCCGUCCUGCUGCCCAAGAAGACCGGCCAGUCUGCACCGAGCUCCGGCAAGGCGGGAAAGAAGGCCUCUUCUCAAUCCCAAGAGUAUUAGCUUGCUGGCUACCAACUUCAACCCCAAAGGCCCUUUUAAGGGCCACCCACUCCUCAAUGAAAGAGCAACAUUUCUUGUUUAUCGGUGUAUUGUUUUACUUUUCGCAUUAUUUUUAUUCAAUAAACGUUUGUUUUGUAAA